AAUCUUUUUUUUAUUCUUUGUAUUUCAGGAUUAAACUGUGAGGCACGAGCUACCGAGAAAUAUCAACGUGUGUUUCGUCUUCUCGUCGGAAUAAAACCGGGAAGAUUGCUUGGCCUCGGAAAUUGUUCGGGAAAUGGACAGCAAACCCCAGGCGGGUUUCAAAGAGCCAAUUCAAUUCAACAGCGUGCAUUUUACGAGCUUUACGAGGGAACAGUGCGGUGAAAUUGGGAAAUACGUGCACGGAAGUAAGUCGAUCCAGUAGCUUGGUCUGAGACAUUUGCAUGUAGUCAAGAUCCGCCCGGAGAUCUGGAAAGAUAAAUAUUAAAAAAAAAAACUGCAAGGUGUAAUUUCAAACUUAUUUGAAAACAAUACACGCAGUUUUUCGGAGUGAAAAACACGUACUGUCGUUCGUGCGUGUCGAUGGGGCGGUGAGGGUUUGGCUAAAGGCGCAUGCGCGAGCGUCUCAGCUGAAAGCUGUAGUUGUUCAGAUGAGAGCGUUGUAUUGGCGUACUGAAGUCCCCUGGUGUCAGCUUUACCAGUGAGCAAUCUCAUAGUCAGCGGGUACAGAUCCAUAGAGACUCCGGCAGUAGCUCGUCCUAGCUACAUCCACGAGCACUCUUAUGUGCUUUGCUGGGCUUUUAGCGUACCGUCAGAGAGAAACAGCCGGCCAUUUGGCUGGUUGCGGCUGAUGAGAUUUCAAGAGGUCUCGCCGAUCUUCGUGCUCCGGAUACGACCACAACUUUUUUUUCUCAUCUCUCGCCCUUCCCCGCCCCAUUAUUAUACCGUGAGCCACCCGGGUGCUUUCCGCGUCUAGUCAAGCCAAACGACGGCCCACGUAUCGCCAAGAACUUUCUGCGAUGCUUCUCCGUGCGUCACAAACGCAAUUCAGAAGGGAUCAUACCCAGAUUACCGCAUAAUGUAACUGUAGCAACUCGCUUUGAUGUCAGUGAAAUCCUAGCUCGACAGAGUGGAUACUUGGACUACUCCUUCAGGGUGAUUUGCUAAAGUAGAUGGAGCCACACCGGACAUCCAUGUAAAAUGAAACCCCACGGUAUUGUUGAGGACUGCUAGUUUUCAAACACUGUAUCUACUGUCAUAAAGUCAGCGUUACUGGAUUGAUCUGACACCCAGGAACAUCUCCCUUCGACGGGAUAAAAAAAUUGAGUCGUUACAAAUCACAAGAUGAUGGUUUGACUUGUAAGCAGGAACAUCACUGAUCCAGACUUGACACAGCAAAAGUAGUUUGCUUCUGUUGUUUCCAACCGAGGAGAACGAGAAAUCCGUUGCACAAUCUAGGAUUUUACCUUUGAUACCACUGCACUAAACCCAACCACUAAAAGGGCUAGACUUUCAAGACACAUGCACGACUAGUUGCUCCGUCGUUCAGCGCCUGUGGAAUCGCUGUAAACAUUUUUGAAUGAUAUUUAGCUUUACUAAAGGGACAUCACAAGUUUAUUACAGGGGAUCUUAGGAAGAUCGCAGAAGUAAAAAUGGGUGGCACAGCCAGUGAUUUCAUGGACUAUGAUGAUUACUAUCCUAUUAAUGAUACUUUCACGCAUAAUAUGGUUCCACGUGAUCGUAUCAUAUGGAGCGUGGUGGUAUCAGCAGUUAUGCUCACAGCGGCCGGGGGUAAUAUUAUCGUCAUAUGGAUAGUGGCUACCAACCCUCGCAUGCGAACAGUCACAAACUAUUUCCUGUUAAACUUGGCCGUUGCUGAUGCCUUGAUCGCAACUCUAAGCAUGCCUUUUCUGUUUAGUUUCAUCGUCACGCAGAAUUGGGUGAUGGGUGCCACUAUGUGUCGCAUGGCCAGAUUCAUGGGGACUGUCUCCACUAUGGCAUCAGUGUUAUCCUUAGUAGCCGUCUCUGUGGAUCGCUAUCGAGCCAUCGUCCACCCCUUACUGCCACGCCUCUCCAAAUCCUGCAUCAUUUGCAUGAUUUUCUUUAUUUGGGGCGGGGCCGCCUCUUUUGCUAGUCCUCUGUUCCUGUACUCCCACCUGGUGACGUUUGGAUACGUGAACGGGCCGGUAACGCAGUGUUACGUCAUCUGGCCGGAUGGAGUACAGAGAGAAUACGAGUUUUGGUAUAAUGUGGCGACCUUUACUGUGGUAUACUGCGUGCCCUUGUCCAUACUGGCCCUGUGCUACACUGUGAUUGGUGUCAAGCUGUGGAGGAGCGGAGUUUUGGGGGAAUAUAUUCCUAGUCGGGCAAGACACAUCAAAGCCAAAAGAAAGGUCGUCAAGAUGAUCAUCGUGGUCAUCGCAGUCUUUGCUACAUGUUGGUUACCUCUGCAUGUGUAUCAGCUUCUGUCCUUCAUGAAUGAUGUUGCCUAUCAGAGAUCCUACUCACUACACGUCUACCUAGGAGUCUGGACGCUGGCUAUGAGUUCAUCUAUGUACAAUCCUUUCAUCUAUUGCUGGCUGAAUGAUAGGUUUCGAGCCGGGUUUAAGCGCGUAUUCCGCUGCGGUAAUACAAGCCCCGACGCCACCAACAGUCACCAACAAAGCGCAACGCCCUUAAAUCCCACCAGCCACCACCUGAUGACGUCAACAAGUGGUUACCAGCGCGCCGCCAACGGUAAGCAGGCGUUAGUCAGCAAGAAUAGUCUCCUGACUGCCAGCGUAGUGGAUUCAAUGGAAGACACGUGCUGAUCGGGCACCAGGCGGGAUGAGUCAGGGACAUCAAUAUCAUAAUAAGGCUGGAUCUUUCUUGAAAUAGAUUAUGUGAAAACACACUGUUGAUCAGUAUGUAUGCCUUCUUGAUAUUUUGUUGGCUUUGGUGACCAUGUAACCGAGAUAUUUUAUAGAUCGUAGUUUAAAAAUAACAGAUUUUUAUGGCUGCCGUUAAGGAACCGUAUAACAUGCAACAUAUAUUAACACUCUUUGCAAAAAAGUGUGAAGAGAACAUUUCCCAAAGGGAAUGGAGUUUCAUCAUGACUUUUAAUGUUUACAAGGUUCGAUGAACGUGAAGAAAUCCUAAAUAAUUAUAAAGACUGCACUAUAUGUAAGCCAUUAGAAGGUCACUAGUCUGCUAAACACGUUUAGUAUCUAAUUUGAAAGUCAGUCACUGCGACUAAUGCACUCUGAUAGUUACACAGAAUUAUUGCAUUUUGGUUCGUAUAUAGGUUUACUUAAAUGUCACGUUACCAAAAUAUAUCUGGCUUAAAUCUCCAAUCUCCAUGAAUUAUUUUACCAUUUCCUUUUCGCCUGAGUGAUUUUGGUUGAUGGAAUUUGCAACACCCUGACCUGAAGUUGUUAUUUCGUCUGCAAAAUGUCAUCUGCAGCGCGCGAUGUAUCAUGUAUCAUCGUGCCCCAGAUCUUGAAGACAUCUUCAAGAAUGAUGUCAUGUGGGUAACCGUUUUGUCAGAGUGUAACGAUCCAGACCCAGAUCCAGUCCAGGGUGGACAAGAGUGUGAGGUGUUAUGAGCGGAUAAUGGACUCCGUGCACGAACAGUAGGUGGCGCUGUUUGGAAGGACACAUUACGUGCGCUGGUUCAUGCGUUCGAACUCCGAAGAUAGCGCACCCCCAACAUUCAAUCGAAUGCACGCAAACCAAUAGCACGUGCGCAUGGGGAGAUCGCUCCUUAGAAUGCGUGUGCGCUCUUUUGCGUGUACAGCCGAUGGCGUAUUUAGUUUUGCACUGUGUCCAUAAGUUGAAAGUGUGAGACAGUUGAGUGAAAUAAUUUGUGGUUCUGUGGCGAUGUGAAUAUAAGCUGGGAAGUCCAAAACGAGUCACGUGACGGGCAGGCAUUUCGCGUUACGGUCGCUUUUCGUUAUUUUGUUAAAUACAAUCUUGUUCUCAAGUUAAUAUCUGUCUAUACUUUUUCUCCUUAAGUUAAGACACAGCUGAACUAAACAUUUGGAACCAUACAGAUGUUUUGUUCUACAAUGUUACAGUUCAAACACGCCGAAUGAUGUAAUAAAAACGACCAGUAAUUUUCAUUGCAUCAAAUUUAGGCCCCAGUGGAGCAUGGGUUCUAUAUUGGCCUAAUGAUUGUCACAACUCCAAUAACAGACAUUCCAUUUAAAUGCAUCAGCUUUAUAUAUACACACGACCUAAGCACACUCAAUGAUCGUUUUAGUGAACGCAAAAAAAUGUUGAUGAAUAGCAGUGAUUUUUUUCUCCAAAUACCAAGGCAAUUACGUUGUGAUUAUAUGGCGUCAGGACAGAACUGAUCUCGUAUUUUUCCAGAUGGAUAUGUUUUUUCUCAAGUGAAAAUAUUUUAAGAUGUUAUGCGCCUAUCAAAUGUCCCCCCCCCCUUCACACCGCGCUGUCCCAGGUCCGAUGUCGUGGUUUGGUCAUUUUUUUCAUGCCCCUGAAGGUUGGGGAUUCUGGUCACUCCUAAACAUUGUUACAAUUGGCGUACUACAUAGAAAGGCAAUCACUAGUGAUGGGCUCCACGUAUGUUUGUCGGAGACUGUCAUUUAAAUUUUGCCCAAGUGGUGGGGAUUUUGUCACUUCAAAAGUGACAAUCCCUACGUCUUGAGUGGGGCAUCCCGGGGGGAGGGGAAGGGAAACAAUAAUUGAUGGCCGCAUUACGGUCAGACAAACUUCUUUACGAGAUGACUAUGGGAAUAAAUCUAUUAAAAGCUGAUGUGAAGUGGAAUUUAGCUAAAAAUGGUUUCAAAAGUGUGGUGGAUCAGUGCAGAUAUCUGUGAGCGCAUGAGGUUCCAUGAACAAGAUUCGAUAUCAGAUGGUAAACAGUGGUGUGCUUGAUGUAUCUCAUGAGAUUCAGUUGAUGAGCAAUGGCAUGUCCGCCUUGAGGUUUGUUUUUGUUUCGUAAGGUUGUUUGGUGAGCUGUGAGAUUUAUUGUAGCCGUGAGUGGAUUCGCCUGGAGGUUUAGUAAAAUUGGGCAUUUGAUCACGCCGGUUUAUCAAUUCAUGGAUUAGGCCAAAAAAAAAAAAAUAUUCGGUCUCUGGUCAGACCAAAG